AUGCAAAAAGCUCGAAGCAACUCCAAUCCGUCGGGAUUUCAUAGUUUGCGUGGGGUCUCCGUGCUCUGGCACGGCUGGCUAAAGAAGCUCGGGCGGUUCAGUCGACGCUGGCGGAAACGGUACUUUGUGUUUGUGUCGACGUCCAACGGGAUGAAAGAGUUGCGCCACUAUGACACGUUCAAGGACGUCCACACUCUGCUUUUGUCCACACCCCAAGGCGUCAUCUCCCUCACAGACGCCACGGGCAUCUGCUGCUUCACUCCUGUGCCCACCGUGACGAAGAAGCCUCUGAAAUUUAAUCGCUCCGAGGCUAACGACUCGAGACCUGGCGCGUACGACCAGAAAUUUGCAGUCUUGACGCCACUUCAUGUGAAUUUGCUGGCUUUUCACAACGGCAGGGAAUGGAGCGGUGAAUCACAGCAGGGACUGUCGUUGUUGGCAUCGCUGUCGGCAUUUUAUCCGGCUGUUGACGUCCUUCAUUCAGGAUGGAUGACAAAGAGAAGAGAGCGCAACGUACACAGUCCGAAGAGUAUCAUGACGUACUGGAAGCGACAUUUCUUCGUGUUCCUGACGUCAGGCGACUUACUCUACUUCCGAGAUGAUACAUUAGGUGAACUCCAAGGCCGCGUAGACGUCCGGCACGCUCCCACUGUUCGAGUUACAGGAGAACAGCUGAUAGAUGGUCGAAAAAAAGAUGGAGUUAUGUUCAAGUUCGGCAAGUUGCCAGUAUUCGAACGAGAAACGCGCUUGAUCUGGAUUGCUACGCCUCCAUCGAAAAUGUUUGUUUUGAGACUCGAGGACGACCAGGACGAGUCAGGUGGCGGUAGUGGUGGUGCAGGAAAAGCUGGGCUUGGAUCUUCAGGCGUGGGGGUUACUUCCAGAAAAGCAGAACUGACUGCAAGCUCGAAGAAGUGGUUGCAGUUACUACUACAGGGACAUGCAGAAACAAAGUACACACAGCUUGAGAAGUGCAUUGCAACGGGCAAAUUUGGGCUGACUACAGAGGUCAUUUCAGCAGUUCGAGCUGGAAUUCCCGAUGAACUGCGUGGACAACUUUGGACAGGAUUUUCUGGCGCUACCGAUCUUAAACGACGCAUUGAGCUUCAGCACGCCAUGCAUGAUAAGUCAAAGUCAUCCAGCACGAAGCAUAGGCCCCAACGGGAUGUUUCCGGCGAGGCUGGUCAAAAUUCGGUGGCGACGAAGAAUCAGGCGAUUUAUGAAACGUACUCUAUGGCUAUUGACACAUCUAAAAUGGACACCCCGGAAAACGAAAUGAUAUCCUCCCGGUUGUGUGCAUUAGCAUUACAAGAAACGGAGCAGCGUGCAGCCGUCAGUGUGCACCCAAGCGAGCUACGCGACCUCAUACGCCGCUUUGGUCGGGCUGUCUCUGAUGUGUCGGACGCAUCUGAUGAGUUCAGCGAAUACCGGGGAUCAUUUUUUGAUGACGAGCAGUGCUCUAUCGAUGACGAUGACGACGGGUCAAUGGAUAUGGAGGAAGUUGAGACGAAGGAUGACCCCAUUGCUAAUCGUGCUUCAGUACGAAAUUCGCUUAAACAUUUUGAAAAAGGAAAGAUGGGCAACUACGUGUACCCUAGCGACUAUCCGGUAGCUGAGUGGGAAUUGGCGUCACGGCGGCGACUGCUCAUUGCAAGCUCGCGUUACAAUCCGUAUUCUCAUCCAUUGUCAUGGCGAUUAUCUUGUCUGCUACUGGCUUACGUUGAAGAAGAAGGUGCUUUCUGGAUCAUGAACAGCAUCACCGACUCGCUCCUACCGGGCUACUUUCACGGUUAUCGGCCAGCGCUGCAGAUCGAUGUGGCAGCUUUCACGGCAGUCUUACGUGAUCGCCUUCCAGCCCUCGCUUCUCACUUGGCGACCCUGCGCUUUUCUCUUGACCAGCUAGUGGAACGCUGGUUUUUGAGCCUGUUCACUUCUUCGCUCAUUCCUCUUCCAACGGUGCUACGGAUAUGGGACGCAUUUUUUAUUCGUGGUGUGCUAAUGUUUUACGGAGUUGGUCUUGCGCUGUUAUUUCGCGCGGAAGAAACCCUCUUUCAUGCCAAAACUGCGACAGAAGCUGAGGAGUAUUUGCGAGCAAGUGAGCGCAGUUGCAUUGAUGCAGACGCCGCUUUUUCGCUUGUUUUCAAGGACGACCUUACCAUACCGUGGUUAACGGGUGAGCAGCUCGACAGGUUGAGGUCGACACACCGCCACCGAGUCAUGGAGUGGGUGUCGCAAAAGUUGGAAUACUUCAAAGAGAAAUUGAGCAUUCUCAAACUAACACAAGAUCUCGGCUCGAGUUGUCAGACUAUUGCCAAGCAAUUUCAAAGUGACCAAAGGGAUAAUCCCAUUGCUCUGCAGCGAGGUGCAGCAUACUACACCAACGGUGAGGACGACCUCUACGGCACGUAUGGGCUUGAUGACGAAGUUGACGAUCUAACUGUCAGUGACAACGGCGAUGAGCUCGAAGAUUCGUUUCAGAUGGCAUUAAGCCAGUUGCUUGAACAGCUUAUGGAAUUUUCUGCAGCAGCGGACGCCUUUGCUGUAGCGCUGGACCAGCGGCAAGAGAAGUGGCUAGCCGCAUCCAGCCAGCUCGCCGAAUGCCCGCUUUCUCAGUCACCCACGCCAGAUUUAUUUAGCUGGCUCUCUCAAGUUAAGAGGGGCGAAAUAUCGGGUGCAGGACGCGAUGCAUCUUCACUCUUUAGCGACGGUUUCGCCUCUGCUUCCAAUAUUAUUGACGCUUCCGGCAUGGUAUUUGACACUGGUGAAACUCGGCUUCCCAGCAAUGACGCUUCAGCAGGUGAAUAUGAUAGCUCAAAUGCUGCCCGGCGAAGCUACCUGUUAGCGGAAAGAAAGGAUUUGGAAUUAUCAGACCACCAUCUGGCUGAUAUGUUCUUGUUUGCACUGGUAUCUACACUGAGGUCGUUGUGCGUCGUCCGCCUAGAAUGUCGGGGUGUGACCUAUCGACUGAUGUGGCACGCAGGGUCAUGGCUGGGAUCUGCUGUCGAGUAUCCACCACUUUCAGGGAUUGGCGCGCCUCCACCAAGUAAAGCAAACUCGCGAGCACCUGCCCGAAACAAAAGCUCAACGGCGUCUCAACCUUCCGCUCCGUCUGGCCUGCCAAAACGGCGUCCACGAGCGACGGACGAAUCGGCCUCGUCUAGCAAUCAACGCGGAGACACAACUGCUACUACACCUAGACGAGGCGGUCGCCCAACAACCCGCAGUUUUUACAGUUCAGGCAGGUCACCGACACGACUACGCGCUAGCUUGUCAUCUGGUGACUUCCAAGCGAUGGAAUUUGCUACCGGCGUCGGUACCAAUUUGUACGAUGACCCGAUCAUCGAAGGCCAGCCUGCUCCGUCAUCGCCCAUGUACGCUGAGCAGCUUGUCGAUGCGAGUGACUUGUACCCUGUCACUCCAAUAUCGCCACCUUCCCAUGGCGCCACGUCUGUUGGACCGAACGUGUCAGUCGGCCAUGAUCUGGACCGGUGUUACUCUUCGACACUUGAAACAUCAAACGAACCAUUGCUGAAAGCACUCACAGUUCAACAUCAGGAGGGAGAACGUGCUCUUCGAGUGUUACACAAACGACUGCUGAGUGGACUGGGGAAUUUCCUGCGCUUAGAAUAUCGCGAUAAGGACUGGGCUCAGCGCGAGCGAGCUUUGAGUAUCGAGCGUGAACUGCAACAAGAGCUACAUGAGAUUGAAGCCGAGCUCCACAGCGCUCAAUGGUCGCAGCACUAA